AGUAAAUCAUUGUAGAAGAGCUAUAUGAAGUUAAAUUUAUGGAUUCUUUUUUCUUUCUUUCUGGAGGUUCAUGUGGAUUUUAGUUUAGACAUAGGUGUGUUGGUGUUACUUUCUUAUUGAUUGCUCUUUGGUCAUCUCUUUUAACAAAUAUUUGUUCAUGACAUAGUAACCAGAAGACCUCUGUGCACCCCUGGUUGAGAAAGUGCUUACAUAAAUGGAAGGGAGUCCAUUUACAUAAAAGAGGGAAUCCAACAGCCCUAUAAACGUCAAAAGUUUCAAUUUUGAAGAUUCUUGAAGUUCCUUUCCAAAUUUUAAUGAGACCCACUUUAUUCUCUUUCCACAAGUAUUUAUUUGCCCUCUGUUUUUCUCCUUGUACCAUAAUCUGUCCACUCUUCCCUCAUAGGCUCUUGAUGAUGAAAGGUAGACCAAACUCAAUAUCUCUUCUGUGUGUUUGUCUUUCUUUGCUUCUUUUCCUUUCUCGUUUCUCUUUUUCCCAAAGGACUUGCCCAAAUUGUGGCUCCAUGGAAGUCCCAUAUCCUCUAAGCACCAACCCCAGCUGUGGCAACCCUGAUUACAGGCUUCGUUGUGACGGAGCGACUCACAAGCUUUACUUUGACACCCUGAAUGGAAGUUCUUAUCUUGUACUCAGCAUCCAAGCCACUCUGCAUCAUAUGGUGGUGCAACCGUCACCUUGGGUGUCUGGAACAUGCAUCACAGAGGACAUGGUGAUGAGUCAGGGCCUCCGGCUGAACCAGACACUCCCUUUCAAUGUUACAUCAUCCAACACAAUUUUCUUGUUCAACUGUUCUCCUCGCCUCUUGCUUUCCCCUCUCAAUUGCACAUCCUCCAGUCUUUGCCAUCACUACCUAGAGAAUUCGGGAGGUAUCGACCCAAGGCGUGCUCUCCAAUGCACAAGCGGGCUUGAACCAUGCUGCACAUUUGUUGCAGGUGGAAUGCCUUCAGCUUACAAGAUACGGCUUCAUAGGUCAGGUUGUCAAGCAUUUAGAAGUAUUCUUAAUCUGGACCCAUCAAAACCUGCAAAUCAAUGGGUCGAAGGAUUGGAGAUUCAAUGGGUUCCCCCACUCGAGCCUGUUUGUCGAACGCAACUCGAUUGCUCCAAAGGAUCCACAUGUUCAAGCACUGCCAAAACUGGCAUCUUCCGUUGUCUUUGCAAUAGAGGAUACCACUGGGACCAUACUCGUGGAACUUGUUCGAGAAAGGCCGAACGAUCCAUACUCAGCCUCAGUCUAAAGGUUGCAGUUGGGGUAUUUUUCUUUCUGGCACUUGCAACUGCAAUGAUUAUCAUCAUGGUAAGCAAAUCAGGCAGGUUAUCCAAACGAUCGAAGCUCGAGAAGGAGAUGGAGGACAUACUGAAAGCAAGCAAUGGGGGGAAGCCAACAAGGUUGUUCAGUCUGAAGGAGCUGAAGAAGGCAACUGCUGGGUUUUCUAAGGACAGGCUUUUAGGGAGUGGAGGCUUUGGAGAGGUCUACAAAGGGGAGCUUCAAGAUGGUACCAGUGUGGCCAUUAAAGCUGCCAAGGUGGGCAAUAUCAAGAGCACCCAACAAGUGCUUAAUGAAGUUGGGAUACUAUCUCAAGUCAACCACAAGAACCUUGUCAGACUCUUGGGGGUUUGUGUGGAAGCAGAGCAACCUCUGAUGAUCUAUGACUACGUAUCAAACGGCACCCUUCAUGGUCAUCUGCAAGGUAAGGAUGGCACAUUUUUGGAUUGGAAAAGAAGAUUACAGAUAGCACUACAAACAGCAGAGGCCUUGACUUAUCUUCACUCCUCAGCAUACACUCCCAUCUACCAUAGGGAUAUCAAGUCAACCAACAUUCUAUUGGAUGGAGAAUUUAAUGCAAAGGUGGCUGAUUUUGGUCUCUCUAGAUUGGCUAAGCCAGGAUUAAGCCAUGUUUCUACUUGUGCUCAGGGCACAUUAGGGUACCUAGACCCCGAAUACUAUCGAAACUACCGACUCACAGAGAAGAGUGAUGUCUAUAGUUAUGGUGUGGUUUUGCUUGAACUACUGACUUCCCAGAAUGCAAUUGACUUCUCAAGAGAUCAGGAUGAUGUUAAUCUUGCCAUAUACGUGACUGACCGCGCCAACCAUGGUGCAGUAAUGGAAAUCGUUGACCGUAGGUUUCUAGGCGAUGAACCAUCAGCUGAGAUGAUGAUGAGCAUCAAACUCUUUUCGGAUCUUGCACUUGCUUGUCUAAGGGAGAAGAAGGUAGAAAGGCCCAAUAUGAAGGAUGUAGUUCAAGAACUUCAGUGUAUUAUAGGAAUGCUUGAUCAGAAAGAGGUUUCUACUGAUGUAGGUCUUGGGGUCAUUUAAGACUAAUGUCAUAGCUUUUGUUAAAAGACUUGUAAGUACUAUUGCUGGGGUUAUUAUUAGUAAGAAGGCUUUUGAAUAUUCAUGUUUGUAACUUUUUGGGUAUGGUGGUGUCUGAAUGAUGUGAAUGACGACCCCAGAUUUUCAGUGUAGAGUAGUACAUAUUGGCUUAAAUUGAAACUAAAGGUUGGGAUCAGAUACUCUCUCUUUGUGUAGAAAGUAAGGAAUGACCCAAAAGCAAGGAUGGGGAGCUGAUUGAGACCUCUAAGAAGAUAUCAUGGAUGGGCUCCCUUAAUGGGAAGAAAGAAGAAUAAGGAAAGCAAAGUAGCUUUAUAUGUGGGUUUUGGCUUAUUUCUUGAGAACUAAAUUAUUGUAUUUGAGUGGUUUUUUUAGUAUUCCUUUUGCU